GCUUCACAGAAGAUCAGUGCUGGUUCCUUGAGGAAGAAUGGACACCUUCAAGAUGAUGCGGGGCAGCUGUACUCCUGGCCUUACUCCCAGGGGUCCUGAUUCGGAAGGUUGGGUCGGAGACGGAAACGUGCCUCUGUACCAGGCCCAGCAUGAUUCGAUGCAGCUCCCACCAGGAAGGAGAAUUCCAGAAGCUGCCCAGAGAACCAGGUGAGGCUCAAAAAGACAAUGCGAGUGAUUAAGGAUCUGCCUGCUGAUGCAGGGGACACGGGUUCGAGCCCUGGUCCGGGAAGAUCCCACAUGCCGCAGAGCAACUAAGCCUGUGCGCCACAACUACUGAGCCUGCGCUCUAGAGCCCACGCACCACAACUACUGAAGCCCACGCGUCACAACUGCUGAAGCCCACGUGCCACAACUACUGAAGCCCACGCGCCUAGAGUCCGUGCUCCGCAACAAGAGAAGCCACCGCAACGAGAAGCCUGUGUACCGCAACGGAGAGUAGCCCCUGCUCGCCGCAACUAGAGAAAGGCCGCGCACAGUAACAAAGACCCAACACAGCCAAAAAUAACAAAUUUGAAAAAAAAAAAGACAACGCGAUAGGGAAUUCCCUGGCGGUCUAGUGGUUAGGACUCGGCGCUCUCACUGCCGGGCCCAGGCUCAAUCCCUGAUCUGGGAACUAAGAUCCUGCAAGCCGAACAGCUCGGCCAAAAGAAAAAAAAGACAACGCAAUGAAACCCACUGGACCGCAUUAGCUUAAUUAUAAUUAGAGCAGCUAAACUGGUGGCUUUGUCUCCGAUCAGCCGAGCUGACCGGCCCCCACAGAGGGCUCCGCCGUGGCCCUCGGGUCCCACCGGCACGCCAGCCCUGGCCCCCUCCCAGGCCCAGUCCUGGUCACUCCCGAGCUACAAAUAACACAGUAAACGGAAGCCCAGAGUUCACAGAAGAAAACUGCAAGUAGCUAAGGAACAUAUGAACAUCCAUUUUUAAGUGAAGUGAACAACAAUUACAGGAAUAGCUGCUUCCUCCAGCCUGUGUGGUCCCUGUUGAGUCCUCACCUGCACAUAUUUUACAAAUCUCGAUCUCCUUUGUUUCUCUAGAGAGAGCGUAUGGUCCUCAGUGGCAUCUGCUGUCUUUGAUCGUAACCUACGGUAAGAAACGCUGUCAUCUUGCGGCCCAGCGCACACACGCCCAUACAUCAUCGAAACAGAGAUUUCAGGAAACACGAUUGCUCUUGUUAGGUGCAAUGGCCCCUCUUUCCUACUCUAUUCUGUUCUGUUCUGUUUGCUUUCCUUUUUAAAAAUGCUGGUCACGAGAUCUCUAAACUGGUUUCAUGACCCAGCGACAGGUUGAUCCCAGUGAUUUGAAAAACAUAUGAAUUGGAGAAGAACUGAGCUGGAGGUAUGACACCCCCGAUUUCAGACCUCCUCUGAAGCUGCAGUAACCAAGGCCGAGUGGAAUUGCUGAAAGCAGAGAGAAAUGGAUCAGCGGAACAGAGUGGAGAGGCCAGAAACAGACCCACACAAACAGAGUCAACUCUCUCUGACAAAGGAGCAAAUGCAACACAACGGAGCAGAGACAGUCUUUCCCACAAACGGUGCUGAAACAACUGACAUCCCCAUGCAAAAGACAGACCUCACACCUGCACAAAAACUAACUCAAAAUGGACCACAGACCUGAACGUAAAUGCAAAACUAUAAAACCCCCAGAAUAUGACCCAGGAGACAAUCUAGAUGAACAGAGGGCUUGGUGAUGGCUUCUUAGCUACAACACCAAAGGCACGAGAUCCACAGAGGGAAAACUAAGCUGGACUUCAUUAAAAUUCCAAAACGCUGCUCUGCAAAGAGUAUGGAAUUGACAUCCUCAUCUGCUCCUAAGCAAAGUGGCUUUUCCAAGAAAAUUUGAUUCCAGGGACAUUUCUCCUCUGCAGACCCGGUCACAGGGCAGGCCUAAGCAGGCGUGUGCCUCAUGGCUUUUCACCCCCGACUUCACCGCAGUCUCCGGGGGCCCGCUUUGCUCCAGUCUCCACGAAGUGGGAAUACUGAAGUCCCUGCACCUGUCUGCAGACCAGAUGAUGUGGCUUUGACACUGUAGAGAGUCGCUCAGUGUAACCGAGACGUACAACUCACUGGGAGAGGAAGAGGCUUCCUGAGACCCAUGGGGUGGGGCGGCUUCGCUGGCUCUGCCCACCAGACAGACCCAGAUCCUCCUCCCCAGGGAGGCCUGGGUGUCCACAUGUGACAUCGCUAGAAGGGGUUCUUUAACCCCAAGCUGCGUUCAGUUGAAAAUGUGUUCUGUUGAAAAGCUCGAGUCCACACGGUCUAGUGAAAAGUACCCAGAACUUCUGCUCUUGCGUCGAUGAGCCUCCAACGCAGACCUGCAGACGCAGGACUUGGUUAAGUGGCCUCGGCCGACGCCGUCCACGAUCCAUCGCUUCUCUGCACCAGCCGCGGGGUCUGGUGACUCUGCCCACAGCCGUCCCCGGGCACCGGAGCUUGCUGCGUCCGAGUGAGGGGUGUGAGGGCGAGUUACCAGCCCUCCCAGGUGGACCCCCCCAUCCCAGCUCCCAGAGUCCUGCCGCAGGGUCCCUGCCCACCAGGCCACCAGGGGGGUAACUGGCUUGGAAACAAGCCUGGCGCUGCCUAACAAAAUAACGACUAACAAAAGAAGCAGCUGGCACGUGAGUCUUUGUCUCAGGAGCAGCUCUGGGGGAGCCCAAACUAAGACGAGGACAUGACCAGAGUUGGACGGCGGGGCUGUAGACGGGAAAGCUCACUUCCUAAGAGGAAAGAGAUAAAGUUUAAAUGCUGUAGCCCUGGCGCAGAAAUGAAAGAACAAUUCCACAGGACCACAACAAGCUCAAGAAACAGAAAUAUUUUUCAGAGAUACUGUUGGAAGAAUUCGCUUACUCUAUGGGGAAAAAAUUAGAACUUUACCCUAAAGUAAAUUUCAGAUGGAGGAAAGCUCUCAAGGUUUUGCCUCUGAGGAAGCCCGGUCACCAUGAACGCACGUGAGUUCCGCAGGAGAGGGAAGGAGAUGGUGGAUUACGUGGCUGACUAUUUGGAGGGCAUCGAGGGGCGCCAGGUGUACCCCGACGUGGAGCCUGGCUACCUGCGCCCCCUGCUCCCCACCGCUGCCCCCCAGGAGCCAGAAACAUUUGAGGACAUCAUUAAGGACGUCGAGAAGAUCAUCAUGCCAGGGGUGACCCACUGGCACAGCCCGUACUUCUUCGCCUACUUCCCCACGGCCAGCUCGUACCCGGCCCUGCUCGCGGACAUGCUGUGUGGGGCUAUCGGCUGCAUCGGCUUCUCCUGGGCCGCCAGCCCGGCGUGCACAGAGCUGGAAACAGUGAUGAUGGACUGGCUGGGGAAGAUGCUGCAGCUGCCUGGGGUGUUCUUGGCUGGAGAAGCUGGAGAAGGGGGCGGGGUGAUCCAGGGAAGUGCCAGUGAAGCCACCCUGGUGGCCCUGCUGGCCGCUCGGACCAAAGUGACGCGAUGCCUGCAGGCUGCCUCCCCGGGGCUGACACAGGCCGCCAUCGUGGAGAAGCUGGUGGCCUACGCAUCUGACCAGGCACACUCCUCCGUGGAAAGAGCCGGCUUGAUUGGUGGAGUGAAAUUAAAAGCGAUCCCUUCCGAUGGCAAGUUUGCCAUGCGAGCUUCCGCGCUGCAGGAGGCCCUGGAGAGAGACAAGGCCGAGGGCCUGAUUCCAUUCUUCGUGGUGGCCACGCUGGGGACCACGUCCUGCUGUUCCUUUGACAACCUCUUGGAAGUGGGUCCCAUCUGUCACGAGGAGGACGUGUGGCUGCACGUGGACGCUGCCUACGCGGGCAGCGCCUUCAUCUGCCCCGAGUUCCGGCAUCUUCUGAAUGGAGUGGAGCAGUACGCAGAUUCAUUUAACUUUAACCCCCACAAGUGGCUCUUGGUGAAUUUUGACUGCUCUGCCAUGUGGGUGAAAAAGAGAACCGACCUGACCGGAGCCUUCAAACUGGACCCCGUGUACCUGAAGCACAGCCACCAGGACUCGGGGCUUAUCACUGACUACAGGCACUGGCAGCUGCCGCUGGGCCGGAGGUUCCGCUCUUUGAAGAUGUGGUUUGUUUUUAGGAUGUACGGAGUCAAGGGACUGCAGGCCUAUAUCCGCAAGCACGUCCAGCUGUCCCACGAAUUCGAGGCCUUGGUGCACCAGGACCCGCGCUUUGAAAUCUGUGCAGAAGUCACUCUGGGGCUGGUCUGUUUCCGGCUAAAGGGCUCCAACAAACUGAACGAAGCUCUUCUGGAAAGAAUAAACAGUGCCAAGAAAAUCCACUUGGUUCCCUGUCACCUGAGAGACCAGUUCGUGCUGCGUUUUGCUAUCUGCUCACGCACGGUGGAGUCGGCCCACGUGCAGCUGGCCUGGGAGCACAUCCGAGGGCUGGCGACCGACCUGCUGGGAGCACAGAAGGAGGAAAAGGCGGAGAUCGAAAGUUGAAGUGAUCUGAAUACUGGAAUGAGAGGAAAAGAUGUGUAUCAUUCCAGCUCCAUGGAACCAAGUCUGAAUGUGGCCCAUGCUUCUUUCUCCAAAGUUAUCCAGAAAGAACCUCGUGAUUAAAUCUGUUCAGCCUGUCAUCAAUGAAGAACUAUUUGCUAUAAGUUAACCCCAGUGGAUAUAGCUUUUAUUCAUUAUUUGGCUGUGACUUUUGUUGAUUAAAAAAUCAUCAGUUUCUGUGCCCCUGAAGUUGUCAGUGGUGGUAAAGGCCUAUUGAAAUAUUUUCCGGGGCGAUCUAUAAUUAUGGGACUUGUGAUUAUAUCCAUUGUCUUUAAAUUGUUCUGUCGUGUGACUUAAUGCUUAAUAAACAAGGUGAAG